AUGCCAGAUCGCAUUGAUAUUGCUAAGUUUUCAAACAAUCUUGGUUUAGUGUGUGAAGAAAGUGGAGAAUAUCACAAAGCAAAAGAGUUUCAUGAAAAAUCUCGGGAAAAGCGUAAAAAUUUAUUGGGUUCAGAUCCUGUUAAAAACGCUUUUAGUUUAAACAAUCUUGUUCCAGAUCAUAGUGCAGUCGCUGCUAUUUUAAAAAAACUUGGUAAUGUUUACAUACAAACUGGAGAAUAUGACAAAGCGAAAAAAAUUUAUGAAAAAGAUUUGGAAAUUUGUAAAAUGUCAUUAGGUCCAGAUCAUGUUCAAGUCGCUGUUAUUUUAAACAACCUUGGUAAUGUCUAUAUGCAAACUAGAGAAUAUGAAAAAGCAAAAGAGUUAUAUGAAAAAACUCUGGGAAUCAGAAAAAAGUUGCUAUCCCCAGAUCAUUUUGAUGUUUGUGAUUCUUUAUGUAAUCUUGGUUUGUUACAUAAGAAAACUGACGAAUACGACAAAGCCAAGGAGUUUUAUGAAAAAGCUUUGAAAAUUUAUGAAAAGUAUUUAGGUCCAGAUCAUGUUCAAGUUGCCACUGUUUUGGAAAACCUACGUGAUAUCGAUUCGAAAACUAAAGAAUAUGACAGAGGCAAAAAGUUGAAUGUAACAGCUGAAGUAAUGCGUAGAAAGUCACUAAAUGUAGAUCACGGUGAGUUUCCAAUCCUUUAA